CACAGCCUCGCCGAGACCUUGCUCGCCACGCAAGGACAAUUACAGCCCCUACGAAAACUAGCCAUUUUCAAACCGACACCUAACCGAGCCACACUUCGACAACGACUUCUUAAUUCAAAUUCCUAGUUUUGAUUAUUCUCUACCAGAAUAAGACUGAACGUGUGUGUUUGUGAUAUUACUGAAUAGUGCUGAAAGGAUUUUUUGAUACAGACUUGAAAAAUGUCAUGCAAGUUAUAACCGGAACAAAAACACAAAAUGGACAAUACAUUGAGAAGAUUUUGUAAAUUAUAUACAUUUGUCCUUCUCUUACUAAUUGUUGAAGCGACAGACAGCAAUAAUAAUGGAACUACUCAAGAUAAUCGAAAAUCUCGUGUUACUGGCAGAAUAGUCAAAUUAUACUCUGGCACAAGACCAGAACCUAUAUUAUGUGCUAGUGAAGGUUUCCAAGCAGAUCCUCGCGACUGUGCUGUAUUCUACCGCUGCAUGAAGUCAGGAAACGGAAAAUUCACUGUUUUCAGGUUUCAAUGCGGUCCUGGUACGGUUUAUGAUCCAGAAACUGAAGUUUGCAACCAUCCUCGAAGUACAAGACGCACAGAAUGUGGUGGCUUACUACCUGCACCGCCAGUUGAUCGCCUUAAUAAUAAUGAAAUUGAAGGCGCGCAUAAUGAAAUACCUUCACCAAUUACCAACAUUCCUACACUUUUACAAUCGACGACGGUUGCUAAGAAUACUUGGACACCGUCUAGCUCCACCAUGAGUACCUCUACUAAACGACAAGUAUCAGAAGUUCCUUCAUUAUUUACGAAUUUAUAUCCAUGGGAAUCAACUGUAGGCCAUACUACCACGGAUUAUACUCGUAAUCCAACCUUGCUACAAAGUAUAACAACUCAAAAACCAUCGUAUACUGAAGCGUCCAAAAACAUUUCACCGUCGACCUCAGCCGCUGAAUCUCAUUCAAACUCUCAAGAUAAUAUUUGUACUUCUGAUGGAUUCAUGGGCGACAGUGAAAAUUGUCGCAAGUUUUACAGAUGUGUGGCUAACCAAAGAGGAACUUACACCAGAUUUGAGUUUUCAUGUAGUGAGUCAACAGUAUGGGAUGAUGAUACACAAAGCUGUAACCAUGCUUGGGCAGUGAAACGAAGCCGUUGUGGUAGAAGCAAUCAGAACAACCAUGUGGCAACGAAUACAAAAGUUCCACAAACAGAUAGGACAACAGAUAAAACUAUUCAACAACAAUUACAAAUAAGUUAUGGUUCUAAAGUUACGCAGACUCAAACACAAAUAAGCAAUGGAUCUGUGAUACAAAAUCAAACUCAAAUAAAUUUUGGAGAUCGUUUAAAUCAAAACAAGGACACGAAAGCUGAACAAAAUCAGACACAAAUAAGCUACGGGUCAGCAAUCAGUCAAACACAGACUCAAAUUGAUUACAGUGAUAAAGCUGUACAAACACAGUUACAAAUUGAUCAUUCUCAACAGUCAAGUCAAUCACAAACACAGAUUCAUGGACCAACUACAAACGGACCUUCCAGGUCUACUCAAUCAUCCUCAAAUAAUGUAGGAAAUACAUGUGAAACAUCAGGUUUUAUGGGGGAUGCCAAUGACUGUAAAAAGUUUUACAGAUGUGUUGAUAAUGGGAGAGGAGGAUACACAAAAUUCGAAUUUUCGUGUGGUGAAGGUACAGUAUGGGAUCAAACUAUUGAAGCAUGUAAUCAUGCAUGGGCUGUUAAGGAAUGUGGAGGAAAAGGUACUUCGGGAACCACUAGUACAACACAAGCUUCUGCAAGUACUUCUCAGUCAACACAAAAUUAUCACACAACAGCAUCAGCUCCUCCUCAUACUACUCAAGAAAUUGUAACUCAAGAUUACGAAGACAGUGGUUAUGGUCAACAAAAUCAAAAUCCGACUUCGUCUUCUUCAACAACCUUGAGUUCAACGACUACUUCAACUAGUGUGAAACCAUCUUCCAAUGGAGAUUGUCAAUUUAGUGGAUUUAUUGGCGAUCCAAAUGACUGUAAAGUAUUUUACAGAUGUGUCGAAAAUGGUAAAGGCAGCUUUACGAAAUACGAGUUUAAGUGCGGUGAGGGUACAGUUUGGGAUCCAGAUUUGGAGGCAUGUAAUCAUGCAUGGGCUGUAAAACGAUGUGGUGACAGUGCAUCUCCUGACGUAAGCCAAACAGAAACCACCACUGAAAAACAAAAUAUACAGUCGACAACCAGUACUAUAAGUAGUGCAGUCACUCAGUCAUCAAGUGAACUGCCUGCAACACAAAAUGAUGAUUAUGAUACUGGUUACGGUCAAAAUAACAACGAUUUAACGACUUCUUCAACUUCAACGACGACUACGACGAAACAACCACAUAAUACAGACAAUACGGGUAACAUUUGUCAAUUUAGUGGUUUUAUGGGUGAUCAUAAUGAUUGUAAAAAGUUUUAUAGAUGUGUUGAUAACGGUAAUGGAGGUUUUACACGUUAUGAGUUUACAUGUGGCGAAGGAACAGUAUGGGAUCCUAAAAUAGAAGCAUGUAAUCAUGCCUGGGCAGUGGAAAACUGUGGUGGAUCAGCAGGAGGACAUCAAGAGGCUACAACUCAAACUAAACCUACCACUAUAAAUGAAGUAGUUGCAAGUAGUACAACUCAAAGUGACCAGAGUACAGUAUCAUCUACACCACUCCCUAGUUCUACAAUAAGUUCUUCAACUUCAGCAGGAUCUGUACCAGCAGCUAGCACUGAUUGCAAAAAUAGCGGUUUCAUGGGAGAUCAAAAUGACUGUAAGAAAUUUUAUAGGUGCGUAGAUAACGGCAAAGGAUCCUAUAUCAAAUACGAAUUUUCUUGUGGGGAAGGUACAGUAUGGGAUCAAAAAAUAGAAGCAUGUAAUCAUGCAUGGGCAGUAGAAAAAUGUGGUGGUUCUGGAGGUUCAUCAUCUAGUCAUCAGGAAACUAGCACACAGUUGUAUCCGACAAUGAGUGAUGAAAUUGAAAACGGCUACCCUUCAAUCAUUGAUACUGAUUCGGAUACUACUACUCAAAGUGCAACAACUCAUUCAACAACAGAGGGUUCGAAAAUACCAAGUAGCAGUAAUAACUGUCUAAGCAGUGGUUUUAUGGGAGACAAAAACAACUGUAAGAAAUUUUAUCGUUGCGUAGACAACGGUAAUGGUGGAUAUACCCGUUAUGAAUUUGAUUGUGGAGAAGGAACCUUAUGGGAUCAAAGUAUAGAAGCGUGUAAUCAUGCAUCGGCUGUCAAAGAUUGUGGCGCUACCAGUAACAAUACAGUACAGGAACCUGUUGAACCUUCCACACAAAUAUCUUCAACCACGGAAACUGGAGAAGUAGGUUAUCCUCAAAGUACUGAAAAAACUAGUACUUCAACAACGCACACAUACCCAGAAAGUACCACAAGUGAAAUAUGUUCUAAAGAAGGCUUUGUUGGCGAUAAAAAUAAUUGCAAGAAAUUUUAUAGAUGUGUUGACAACGGUCGAGGUGGUUACACAAAAUAUGAAUUUACUUGCGGCGACGGUACAUACUGGAACCAAGAAAUACUAUCAUGUGAUCAUGCUACAUCUGAUAAAACGUGUUUUGGUACCGAAAGCAGUUCAGGUACUCAAACCCAUCAACCAGAACAUGAUGAGAUUUAUACAGAAUCUUCCAGUAUGUCCAGUUCAACAACAACAGAAAGAAAUGAAAUUCAAACCCAGAAACCUCAAGUUUCAUCUGACGUAUGCGAAUCAGAAGGAUUUUAUGGAGAUAGAAAUGAUUGUAAAAAGUUUUACAGAUGCGUUGAUAAUGGGAAAGGAGGAUAUACCAAAUAUGAUUUCACUUGUGGAGAGGGGACAGCUUGGGAUCAAGAAAUACAAGCCUGCAACCAUGAAUCAAGUAAUAAAAAUUGUUUAUAUGCUACCGUACCUGCUAUUUCUUCAUCAACUACACACCAGCCAGCUCUUGUAACUGAUAACUCUACGACAACAGCUUCGCAAACUCAGCACACGACUGAAACGACUCAAACUUCUUCAUCUCCUUCUAGUAGUCCUCAAUGUUCAUCUGAGGGAUUCUUCGCAGUUCCUAAUGAUUGUAAGAAAUUUAUAAGGUGCGUUAGCAAUGACAAAGGAGGAUAUACAAAAUAUGAAUUUUCUUGCGGUGAUGGUACAGUGUGGGUUCAAGAUAUAUUAGCUUGCGAUCACGAUACCGGUGAUACAAAUUGUAGCUCUCAGUCUACAAGUCGUCCAGUAAUAACGGAAGGUAAUCAACAAACAACAGAAAACAACGAAAUGAGUAGUUCAACGACUGAAACUCAAACGAUUGAUAAGCAAGAAGAUGAAUAUGAUAAUACUAAUUCUGAGAAACCGUCUUCUAUAAGCAGUGGUCAAUGUACAUCGGAAGGAUUUUACGGAAAUGAAAAUGACUGUAGACAAUUUUACAGAUGCGUAGAUAACGGUCAAGGAGGUUACACGAAAUAUGAUUUUACUUGUGGUGAGGGAACGGCAUGGGAUUCUAAUAUUCAAACUUGUAAUCACAUAGAUCAAGUGAAAUCUUGUCAAGGAGGUAGCCCAUCACAACCUGUGAUGCACGACGAGGACAAUAGUCCUACUGAAGCUUCUAGUACCUCAUCUAGUUCAACGACAGCUGGUUCUACAAGUUCUAUUGCAACAACUAGUAGUUCAACAUCUUCAAGUACAACUACAUCGUCUGAGUCUGAUCAUACAACUUCAGCUAAUAAAGACAAAUGUGACAGUGAAGGCUAUUUUGGAAAUUCUGAGGAUUGCAAAAAGUUUUAUAGAUGCGUAGAUAAUGGAAAAGGAAGCUAUACAAAGUAUGACUUUACUUGUGGUGAAGGUACAAUAUGGGAUCAAGAUAUAAUAACCUGUAACCAUCCACAGGAUGUUGUCAAUCCUUCCUGUAAUCAACAGCAAGACGCUAGUUCAUCAUCAAGCACUGAAGCAAGUUCUUCUUCCUCUUCUUCGGCAAGUGGUACCACAUCGACUACAUCACCAUCAUCUACUCAAAGUACAACAGAAAGCUCUCAAAAUUCAUCCAAUUGUACACAAGAAAACUCUUCUAAAAAACCCCAAAAUCAAAAUAUUACUUGUGACAAAGCAGGUUACUAUGCCAACCCUAAUGACUGUAAGAAAUUUUAUAGAUGUGUAGAUUGGGACGGAGAUGGAAAACGAUUCUCAGUAUAUCAUUUCGAAUGUGGUGAAGGUACUAUUUGGGAUCCAGCAGUUGAAACUUGUAAUCAUGAAGAAUCAGUGUAUCCUCCGCGUGAUUGUAGUAGUUCUGAAUCUCAAAGUGCAAGUCCACCUCCAGCAACAGAGGGAACUACUACGACACAACAAGACACCACAAGCUCACAAGAAAGUACUUCGACUCAAAGUACAUCUACAUCUCAAUCUAGCACAGAGCAAACAACACAGUCAAGUACUACUGAGUCAACAACUACAGAGCAAUCGACCACUUCAGAACAAACUACCACACAACAAUCAUCUACAUCGGAACAAACAACAUCUAGUCAAACGUCUUCACAAGCGACUACAGAACAGACAACACAGCAAUCAAGUACCACAGAGCAGACUACUGAACAAACUACUCAGAGUACAUCGUCUUCACAAACAACUACUGAACAGUCUACCACCUCUGAACAAACAACUACGCAACAAUCUACCACAUCAGAACAAACCACGACUCAACAGUCAACCACUUCCGAGCAGUCAACUCAAGAAUCAACCACAUCGGAACAGACGACACAAUCUUCUACAACUACAGAACAAUCGCAACAGAGUACUACUGAACAAUCAACGACGAGUGAAGGAACGACGGAACAGACAACCACAGAACAAUUGAUCACAGAACAUACAAGCACAGAACAAUCAACUACAGAUCAAUCUACCAUACAGCAAUCUACUACAGAGCAGUCUUCUACUGAACAAUCUACCACGGAACAAUCUACCACAGAGCAAUCUACCACACAGCAAUCUACUACAGACCAAUCUACUACUGAACAAUCAACCACGGAACAAUCUACCACAGAACAAUCUACUACAGAGCAAUUUACCACGGAGCAAUCUACCACAGACCAGUCUACUACUGAACAAUCAACCACAGAACAGUCUACCACCGAACAGUCGACUACACAACAGUCAACCACUGAACAGUCUACCACUGAACAAUCUACCACUGAACAGUCUACCACUGAACAGUCUGCCCCUGAACAGUCAACCACAGAGCAAUCAAAUGACAACUCAACAACAGAAAGUAAAUGCCCAGAGACCAAUGAAGACCAAUCACUCUUUGUAUGCCCAACAUCAUUUAGAAGACAUCCAAAGUAUUGCAAUUUGUUCUACCAAUGUGACGAGGAUGAUGAUACACAUGACGUAAAGAUUGCAGUAUUUACAUGUCCCAACAAUACAAUCUACGAUGAAAGUCAAACUCGUUGCGUAGAAGAAAGUAAGGCUGACAAAAAAUGUGACGGAGAAAUAGCACAAAAAAGAAGAUUUAAAAGAUUAGAUAAAAACUAUAAGGAACCUAUUGUGGUAACCAAAGAAAGUCAAGCAUGUCCCGGCGUUGGCUACUUCUCCUUUGAAAAAGACAGUGAAUGUUCUCCAGCUUUCUUAAAAUGUAAAAAAGACAAGAGAAAUGUAAUAAGAGGCUUAGUAUAUCGUUGUCCGAGAGGUUACGUUUACUGGUCAAUAAGUAAAAGAUGCGAACCAGACGAUAGUGUAAGAGACUGUAAACGCUCACAAAACAACUGGUCAGGACGAUGGGAGAUACCCGUAGAACGAAGAAAUGUAGCGGGUUAAUAAAAUUAUUAGAAUGAGGUUCUUUCAUAAUAAGCCCAUCAUUUUGUGAUAUAUCGUGUUGUAAAUUCGUGCAAACAUUAAAUUAGUAAAGUAAGUACCUAUUAGAUAGAUAUUCAUAUGAAUUGUAAUGAGCAAGAUGUUCAAAUCCCAUAGUACGUCAUAAUAAUGAAUUCCGCCUUAUAGUAUAAGCGCUGACUACAUUACAAUCAAAUGUGCAACAAACUUAUGGGAUACUCAAAUUUGGUAAUCCUUUACAAAUUGUAUUCAAUGAUUAACAAAACAUCUAGUCUAAUUUUAUUAAACUAUUUUUUUUUACAAACGAUACUUGCUGCCAUAAGAUUAAGAAUAAGAAACUUGUGAACAAAAUAUUGAGAUUAAAGUGUCGACGAUAUUUUGAUCACGACUUUAUUAGUUAGUAAGUUAAAAUGUAAAUGAAUCAAGCAAGGAAAUAAAUUAUUU